UGUUAAUUUCCACUUUUUAAAAUUAUGCGCUCCUCGUGCUUUGCAUUUCGCGAUGGCGCGGGAGCCCAAAUCGCAAUACUAAUUGUACGAGAAUCUUUCUCUCUCUCUCGAUCGAGCGCGCGCUAGGGUUUCGUCGUGAAGGGUUUCGUUAACUCGGGAGAGAAAUGAGCCCCAACUUUGACCUAGAAAGCGGAUUAAUUGAUCCGACAACAAUUCCCCCACUCUCUCCCCCAAUUCCCGUCGAUCUGGAACCAGUUGAUGGCUCCGAGAUAUUCCCGGAUGGAGCCCUUAGCUACAUUAACCAGUUGUUAAUGGAGGAGGACUUUGAGGACAAAUUUGAGCGGUACCCCGACUAUCCGGCCCUUCUUGCUGCUGCGGAGAAGCCAUUCCUUGAGAUCCUCAGUGAGGAAAAGCACUUUCCCGAAAGCGACAACCAUAGUAGUAGUACUAGUAGUGGUAGUGGUUGUGGUAGUGGUGAUAUUGUGGAGAUAGAGAAUACGUCCCCCUGUGAUUCAAUUGAGCAUUUUGAACAAGAAAGUUGCCAUCUUUAUAUCGAUCAUUCCUCCCAUUCUUAUUUCUCAUCCGCGAACAACUCUGGGGGUAUCAUAGAAGGAGAUCUUAUUCAACAGAACCACCCAGUGGAGUUCCUUCCUGGUGAUUUUAAGUCGGUGAUUGAUUUUGAGGCCAAUGGCUUCUCUUUAGCUCAAGAAGUAGACGAAAAGACAUUCAGUUUAGUCGAGAAGGAAGAGUAUCGAGAUCGUAGGGGGCACAAGAACACGCACAUUGAUGAUUUGGAUUUGGAAGAAGAAAGGAGCAAUAAGCAAGCGGCCGUAGACGGCUUGGAAGGUUUUCAUCAAUUGUUCUAUGAGGUCUUACUAUGUAAUAGUGAGACUUGCCCUUUUCGAGGCGACAAUGAGAUGAGAAGUGUUCACGGCAGUCAUCAUUCUAAGGGAAUGGGUAAUCGAAAGGGCCGGCGGAAGAAGCAACCGAAGGGGGAUGGUGAUGCUGUCGAUCUUCAAACCCUUUUAAUUCACUGCGCUCAGGCCGUGGCUGCUGAUGACCGUCAGAGCGUGACUGAACUGUUGAAGCAGAUUAGACAACAUUCGUCCCCCCGUGGAGAUGCAAACCAGAGGUUGGCCCACUGCUUUUCCGACGGGCUCGAGGCGCGCCUCGCCGGCAUGGGAUGUGAUGUGACGGGUUCCCUUGCAAUGAAACAAAUUCCUUGUGUCGAUAUGCUGAAGGCCUACCAGCUUUUCAUGGGGGCAUGCCCUUUUAAGAGGGCUUCUAGUUUCUUUUCGAAUCAUACAAUUCUUGAGGCUUCUAAGGAUGCAAGAGUGGUCCAUAUUAUAGACUAUGGCAUAUUCUACGGGUUCCAAUGGCCGAUCUUGAUUCAGAAGCUCUCGGAUCGACCAGGUGGUCCUCCAAGGAUACGGAUAACAGGUAUUGAUUUGCCCCAAACUGGUUUUCGCCCGACUGAGCGGAUAGAGGACACAGGACGACGGUUAGCUGAUUAUGCACGGAGAUUCAACGUUCCUUUUGAGUUCCAUGCCAUUGCAGCCAACUGGGAGACUAUAAGGGUUGAGGAUGUUCGUAUUGAGAAGGACGAACUUCUUGUCGUUUACUGCCUCUACCGUUUUAGGAAUCUAAUGGAUGAGUCAGUAGUAGCUGAUAGCCCAAGAGAUAGAGUCCUACGCACGAUCAGAAAGAUGAAUCCAGAUGUAUUCAUUCACGGGGUUGUGAAUGGGACGCAUAGCGGUCCCUUCUUCCUCACACGCUUCCGGGAAGCACUUUUCUAUUUCCAUACAAUAUUUGAUAUGCUCGAAGCUACCAUUCCACGAGAGGACCCACACAGGAUGCUUAUCGAGAGUCUGAUCUAUGGGCAGGAGGCCAUCAACGUAAUCUCUUGCGAAGGGACUAAAAGGGUGGAGAGGCCGGAAACUUAUAGGAAGUGGACCUCGAGAAACAUUAGGGCGGGUUUUAGGCAGCUUUCUUUGAACGCUGAUUUAGUGAAGAAGGCGAGGAACAUGGUGCGAGUGCUCUACCACAAGGACUUUGUUGUCGAUGAGGGUAGUAAUUGGUUGCUGCUUGGUUGGAAGGGGCGGAUUGUCAAUGCCCUCUCUACAUGGAAACCCAAUAAUCGGUCCUAAUCUUUCGCUAUAUUAACUGCUGUAAUAUGCGCUUUUUGUUUUUAUUUACACUCAUCUGAAUUUCUGAUUGCAAGAUAACCGUGAUCAUCUCCAUUGAUGUUAGCUGGCCUUCGUUGUUUAAUGGUUGAAUCUUCUCUUGUUUAUCA